AUGUUAUUGAUGGUGUUGAUGGGAACAACGAUAUUGUUGUUAGUUGUUGUGAUGGUGGUGAUAGAAACGGUGAUAUUGUUGUUGUUGGCGGUGGCGUUGGCAGUCUAUAGUUGCAGCGUCGACGACCCCUGCGCCGCUUUCGCUGAGGCUGCCUUAGUCCCACGGCUCGAACUGGCAGUGGUCCCUCGGGCGGGGCUCGGUUGGAGUCCACUUCAGGUCACCGCCCGAUUGGCUACUCUCGCCCCGGGCCCAGGUUCCCCGAACCCACUUGCCCGUUGUCUCCUCGUCACCUCGCGACAAGCCUUUUUUUGCAGAAUCACACCGUCCCCGCCCCCGUCAGAGGGUGCAGACGUAGCGACAAGCCGUCCGGACACCGCUUGGUGA